UGUUCCAAAAGUUGGAUUGGCUUUCGAUUCAGAGGACAGCGCUUAUGAUAUGUACAACGUAUAUGCCGCCAAGGUUGGGUUCAGUGUCAGAAAAAGUCACACAAAGCGACGAGGUGAUAAAAGUAUAUCUCAAAAAUAUAUAGUUUGCAGUAACGAAGGCCAUCGAGAUACCCAAUCAUCUAAGGACACUACAAGGACAGGUUGUGAGGCUCGUAUUCAGUUUAGUGUCAACAAGGAUGGUAUUUGGACAGUGCAAAAGCUUAUAACCGAGCACAAUCAUUAUCUUGCUAGUCCCAAUAAGGUGCACAAGCUGAGGUCCCAAAGACGUGUUAUAGAAGCGGAUAUACAUCUAAUUGGCCAGAUACGGGAAGCCGGGAUGAAGCCAUCCCAGGUAUAUGACUUUAUGGUAGCAUUUUACGGAGGACCCGACAAAGUACCAUUCUCAAAGAUGGACUGCAAUAAUGAGAUUGGUCGCGAACGCAAGAAGUAUUUAGAAUCAAAUGAUGCACAGACACUGUUGGAAUACUUGAAAAAUAAGCAAAGAGAGGAUCCUACAUUUUUUAUGCCAUUCAGAUAGAUCAAGUUGAUGACCAGAUAGCUAAUUUCUUUUGGGCAGAUGGUCAGUCUAUCAUGGAUUACACAUAUUUUGGGGAUGCUGUAUCAUUUGAUACCACUUUUCAGACUAACAAGUUUGAAAUGCCUUUUGCUCCAUUCGUUGGUACCAACCAUCACAAGCAGACAGUAAUUUUUGGUGCCGCGCUGAUAUUUAAUGAGAGUAUCGAUUCAUUUGUUUGGCUCUUUGAAACAUUUUUAACAGCGAUGUCAGGCAAGCAUCCGAGCACUAUUUUCACUGAUCAGGACAAGGCCAUGGACGGAGCAAUUGCAUAUGUGUUUCCAAAUACAAGUCAUCGGCUUUGUUUGUGGCACAUUUAUCUUAAUGCUGCAAAACAUCAUGGGCAUGUAAUUCAUGAGCAUCCUGAGAAGUUUUUACCUGAUUUUAAGAAAUGUGUCUAUGAAGAUAGGUCAGAAUUUUACUUCAAUAAAAAAUGGUUUGAAUUGUUGGAUCAAUACAACCUUGAGGACAAUGAAUGGAUGAAAAAGUUGUAUGAGUUGAGGGAAAAGUGGGCUGCUGUCUAUCGUGACUCCUUUACAGCUGAUAUGAACUCGACUCAAAGGAGUGAAGGUAUGAAUAAUGUAUUCAAGCAAAGAUUUCAUAGGAGACUUGGUCUUUCAGAACUCCUUGUAGAAUGUGAGAAGGUUUCUGGAAGUCUUCGUGAAAAUGAGUUGGAUGCAGAUUUUAGUUCGCGUCGAAAGAAACCUGUUGCUUACAGUCCAAAUUUUCCUUUGCUAAAGACCGCAUCUGAAUCAUAUACAAGGCGGAUGUAUUCAGAAUUUGAAACAGAAUUCAAAAGCCAAUUUUCAUUCUCUUGUAAACUAUUACAAACCGACGGUCCGGUGUUGACAUAUAUGGUCACACAUAUGAACAGCGAGCAUGGAGCAAAAGUUACAUUCAAUACCACGGACACAACUAUUACAUGUUGUUGCAGAAAGUUCGAAUCCAUAGGUAUAUUGUGCAAGCAUGCAUUCAAAGUCUUCAAUAUGAAUGAUGUUUUCAUUUUGCCACCACAAUAUAUACUAGGAAGAUGGACAAAAUAUGCGAAAAGAGGAUUUUAUGUUGAAAAACAAGGAUCCGAGGAGGAAAGCUUGAAAACACAAGCUGCACGUAUCUCAAGGAAGGCUACAUCAGUUGCAUUGAAGUGUACUCGGUCAAAACAACUUCUUGAUGAUUUCGAGAAAGCUAUAGAUAAGUUAGACUUGGAAGCAGAUAACACUCUUAGCAAGAUGGAGGAAAAAUCCAGUGAGGUUCCGCUAGUUUCGGCUGAGUGUGCUACAAACACAAUAAAUGGUACAAUAUCAUUUAGAGUUCCUCAGGUGGUGAAAGGCGCAAAGCGUAAAGGGCAACCAUCUCCCUCGAAAAAAAGAAAUGGAAGAAAAAUAAAGUGCUAA